AUGAGAUACAGAGACAACACUCCCCUUGUUCUCAACGGGCUGAACUUGAACACCCAGAGCGGGCAGACAGUUGGAAUUGUUGGAAGAACAGGUUUUGGCAAGUCGUCCUUAGGAAUGGCCUUGUUUCGUCUGGUGGAGGCCGCCAGUGGCACAACCCUCACUGAUGGCAUGCAUAUCUGCACUGUUGGUUGGGAAGACCUCAGAACCAAGCUGACUGUCAUCCCCCAGGGUCCUGUCCUGUUUGUAGGUACAGUAAGGUACAACUUGGAUCCCUUUGGGAGUCACAGCGAUGAGAUGCUCUGGCAGGUUCUGGAGAGGACAUUCAUGAGAGACACUAUAAUGAAACUCCUGGAAAAAUUACAGGCAGAAGUCACAGAAAAUGGAGAAAACUUCUCAGUAGGGGAACGUCAGCUGCUUUGUAUGGCCCGAGCGCUUCUCUGUAAUUCAAAAAUCAUUCUCCUUGAUGAAGCCACUGCCUCCAUGGACUCUAAGACCAACACCCUUGUUCAGAGCACCAUCAAAGAUGCCUUCAAAGACUGCACUGUGUUGACCAUUGCCCACUGCCUCAACACGGUCCUCAACUGUGACCGCGUCCUGGUCAUGGAAAACGGGAAUGUGGUCAAGUUUGAUAAGCCUGAAGUCCUUGCUGAGAAGCUAUCUGAGGUCUUCAAACCCACAUCCACUGGGCUCUGGAGCAGCUGCUCCAGGCUGAGUGCAGUCUUCACUUUGAUGGAUGGAUGUCCAGUGACUCCCCCAUGUGGCAAGCAGACCAGGCAGUCUGUGCUGCUCGUGGAAAUCCAUGCCAGCUGUGUGAUGGAGGAGGAUGCUUUGUUUUCUACCAACCCAGCACCAGCCAGACAAUCAGUCUAUGAUUUCAGGAAGGUGUUUCCAGGAGGGCAGGAGGGCGCCGAGGCUACAAAGAUCCCUGUGGCUCAUUCCGAUGCACUAAAAUAUGAAUCAUCUCCUGCUACUUGUUUCUGCCCAUGCUCCCCUGGGCUUGUACUGUCCAGAAGAGAAUACCAAUCCUGA